AUGGAAAUAUCAAAUGUUGCUAAUGUUUUGGGUCAUUCAGAAACCGUUAUUAAUCCCAUCAUAGCAUCAGAGGAUGCCCCUGGAAAUAUAAACACCUCAGCUUCUUCCCCAGCAGUAUCUGAAGUUAUAAAAUGUGAUCUGGUGGCAGAAAAGACAAAAGGGCUUUGCAACACUUUUGCUGACACUAAUUUACCAUCGACGUCAGACACCCAACGCAUUCUUCGCCCUAAAAAUCUGAAUGCGAACCUUUAUGAAGAUCCGCACUCUCCUAUGGGAGUGGUAGAAUUUGAAGAAGGUAGUUCAGGUGAGUAUAAUCCUACUGACGAUGAAGACAACCAUGAUGAUGAGCACAACAAUGUAUCUACUACAACUAAACAAAAGAGCAGGUGGAAAAAAUCAUACCCUGAUCAGUGGAAAAAAGCCAUAAAUAAAUAG